CGACAGGACGAGCAGCCAGCAGUUUCACAGUUUACCAGGAAACCGGGAAAAGGCCACAACAGGCGGCAUCAGCAACGGAAAUUCCACGGGCAAGGAUGAACUAACGUGGCCGCCAUGAGCAACAUUCCGAGGUGGGCAGCCCUGCUGCUGCUCCUGGUUUUGGCCCAUCAGCUGGACCCCUCGCUCGCCACGCCCCCAUCCUCAUUCUCAUCCGGAAACGCCUGGCAGCGGGCUCUCUUCGGACGCGAUUCGCGCAACCUGAUGCACCGCAGAGCCCCGUUUCCCCUCGCCGGAGAACUGGGCCUCAAUGACUACCUUGGCCCGUACUCCGCCGUCGAGCAGGAGCAGCACCAACCGCUUCCGCCGCCACAACAGAUGCGGCAACAGACCGAAGUUUACGGAAUUGUAGAGCCACUGAUUGAGGACACUCCCUGCGCCGACCGCGCCUGUUUCGUCAACGAGGAUUGCUGUCCCUCCGGGGUCUGCGCCAACACAUACGGCGAAGGGAAAUGCGUUUAUAUGUUCGGACAAAGGGAUGUGUGCCAGCGGCAUGCGGACUGUCCACCGGGCAGCGCCUGCAUGCUGGUCGCCCAGGAGGGCGUCUGGCGGUGUGAGUCGGAGCCGGAGUCGGGAGGCUCCACAUCGCUCCUGAAGGACAUAUUCGGACUGAGGCAAAAGCAGCCGCUGGGCAGCGAGUGCAGUAGCAGCAGCGACUGUCAGGUAAUCAAUGGCAUGUGCUGCCAGCAGCAGCGGUUGCACCACCGUGCAGCCAUCAAGCUGAGCUGUGGCUAUUUUCGGGAUGCCUUUGACUGCGUGGACAUGGUCGCAUCGGAACACAACCGCAAUUGAGAAUAAAAGUCCUUGGCCAGCGAAACAGAUAAAGGCAAACAGGAAAUGAUCAAACCAAAUUAUUGAAAUACAGACAAACAUGAAGCGAAUUAUUUCAAUAUUAAAACAUAUCAAUAUGUUAAACCAAUACAUAUCAAAUGGAAUUUGCUGUAGCUAAGAGCAUUGAAAUUUAUAAUCUGCAUAUGAAUAUUAAUUAUUACUCAAACAAUCUUGGAUAUCUAAAUGUGUUUUUAGUAGAAACUCCAAAUAUACUGACUGAGGCAUUCAAUGUUAAUUACAGAAAGAAGAGUAUUCCAAUGCAAGUAAACCGUUUCACUUCUAAAUGUAAAUUGAAAACAAUAAAUUAAUUAGCAAAGAUCUUAA